AUGGGGAGUGGCGCUGGAAAGCAAACGAAGUAUGAGGACAAGACCGAAUCCAAGACCGUCGUAGUGGAGCCGAAAUCGCAGAAAGACAAAGAAAACCCGCCACCAAAGUUUGUGCGGACGCUUUCUCCGAUGCCGCCAGAGCCUAUGCUCCUUUGCGCGGACGUCGGGGGCACGAACACUCGUCUCCAUUUGUUCCGAGUGCCGGAAACCUACACGGCGAUGGUGCCACCAGAGUGCAUGGUCUACCACGCCAAGUACUCCAACGUCCAAUACGAUUCCUUCACCGAGGUUGCACAAGACUUUCUGAAGAAAGCUGCCCUCAGCACAAAAGUCGGGCUUGGAAUGCCUGCGCCCUACCUCGGAUGCUUCGCUGUGGCCGGUGUCGUUGUGGACAACAAGUGCAACCUGGUGAAUCUCGGGUGGAGGAUGGAUGGAAAUCACAUCGCUGAGGAACUUGGGAUGAGGGAGGUGUACCUUAUGAACGAUUUUGAAGCUCAGGGGUAUGGCAUCCUCACCUUGGACACCAAGACGGAAUGUGAUGUACUGCAGGAUUCACCAGUUGUUCCUGGUGCGCCGAUCGCCCUUCUUGGUGCAGGAACUGGCCUGGGCGAGGCCUUCAUGACCACCGGCGAGAACGGCGACUAUGAGGUUUGGCCCUCCGAGGGUGGCCACAAGGAGUUCGCACCUCGGCAAGAAGGGAGCACCAAUCUUCAGACCGAGAUGAUGCAGUAUCUGCAGAUUCGCUUCAGUGCGAAGUCACGAAUUAGUGUGGAGCGCAUCGUCAGUGGGAGAGGCAUUGCCAACAUCUACCAGUUCAUGGCUUGGAAGUUUCCUGACAAGCUCAAGAAGGAAGUGCACUCGAGGUUCGUAAAGAACGGGCAAGAUCCUGCGGUCAUCGUUGAGGCAGCCCGCUCGGGAGAGAGCGAGCUGAGCCUGAAGACCAUGGACCUCUUCGUCGGGGCCUAUGGUGCCGAGGCCGGGGUCAUGGCCCUCAAGUUCAUGCCAUUCGGCGGCCUCUACGUGACCGGCGGCGUUUCAGCCAAGACCCGUGAUUUCAUCGUUGGCGAGAAGGGCACCCCGCAUGCCUUCAUUGAUGCCUUCUUAGACAAAGGCCGCGUCUCCACCAUGCUGACUAGAGUUCCUGUCUUCCUCUGCCGAGGGGAGGACCUGGGCGAGCGUGGUGUGAAGUUGAAGGCGAUGCGCAUGUUUGCAGAGGCUUUGCAGCGACGGCAGCAGUCCAAAGGACGGCAGCAGUACACAACCUGA